ACCGGACCUGAAGCGACUGGACGCCGGAACUUCGUAGCUUUCUUGAGUUUGGUGCGGAAUUCAAAUCGUCCUGAUUGUGCUGCAACUUCCAUCCAACAAUGAGCGGCGCAUAUAAGAACGCCGAUUUAUGGAAGACGGAAGAGGAAUAUCUUGAGAAUGAUGAUGGAGAUUCGACAACCGAGAUAGAGUACGUAGAAGAGUACAUCGAACUGGAGGAGGACCAAAACCCGAUUGCCGAGGAAAAGUACGAGCUGUUAACCCUAGAACCUUAUGAUAUUGCUUUGGAAAACUCGGUAUGGACAAGCGAACGAAUGCCGUACGAUCAGGGCGACACUAGUAUUGCAGGUCGCAAGAUAGCUCAAUCGCGAUCUGGUCCGUUGGGGUUGGGCAAGCAGGCCAAAACCCCAACCGAGUGUCUCGCUCUGUUUCUCGAUGCUGAUGUUAUCGCCACGAUCACCGAGUACACGAAUGAGCGUAUCAAGGUGGAACAGAGUAACUACACGCGCGAUCGCGAUGCUAAUCCGACGGAUGAAAUCGAAAUCAAGGCCCUGUUUGGGAUUCUGUUUCUAGUGGGUAGCAUGGGGUCGGGCAGACAGAGCAUCGAUUAUCUGUUCGACGGUAAACGGGGUACGGGCGUGGAGGCCGUCUAUCUCGCGAUGUCGGUACACCGGUUCCACUUUCUGCUUCGGUGCCUCCAGUUCGAUGAUCCCGUCACUGCCGCCGAAGAAGUCGAAGCGGACAAGCUAGCACCGGUGCGAGCGAUCUAUGAGCGGGUGGUGAACAAUUUCCAAAAAUAUUACCGCCCCAGUAACCACCUCACGAUGGACGCCCUGUACGUGCCGUUCAAAGGGAAUUGCGACUUUCGUCAAACCUUCUCGAUGCCACCGAUUAAGCCAGGAUUCCGAUUCUAUGCGCUGGUAGACUGUUCCAUUCCGUACACAUGCAACCUAGAGAUCUGUGUACCGGACAACCAUAACCCCCACAAUUUGAGCGAUGCGCCCGAAGAUGUGGCACUGCGAAUGACGGAACCAAUCCAGGGCAAGCAUAAGACAGUCACAUUGGGUAAGAGUUUUGUCUCGCUGGAAACAUUGAAAAGACUAUACCGCAGUCGAACGAUGGCCAUCGGGGAAAUCCCAAAGACCUACCCGGACAUUCCGAAAGCGUUCGGAACUUCCAAGGGCCGUACCGAGGGUAGUACGUUAUUUGCGUAUCACGAAAUGGUAACACUCAUGUCGCAUUUGACCAAGCGCCAUGAUCCUCUCACGCUCAUGACCACCUGUACCGACGAAGAAGACGACAGCGAACCAAUCGAGGAAAUGGAGGAAGACACAGAGUCCAGGGCAGAAUUGCGGAACCAAGAGCUACUGAAAUCGGGUGAACCGCGGCUAGUGAAUCGGUACAAUGAAACCAAAAAUACAGUCAAAAUCAUUCAGCAGAUGUGCGUGAUGUACGAUACCACGCGCAACACCCGCCGCUGGCAGCUGACUAUCUUCUUGAACCUCAUGAACCUGAGCGCUAUCAAUGCGUGGUGUCUCCACCGGAUCAACAACGCGGAUACCAACGUGAAUCGGAGGGAUUUUCUAAUAGAUAUCGCCCUGGAUCUGAUACGCCCUCAAACCCGACGCAGGCUGGAUAGUAAAACAUUGCCACGCAUGCUCAGGACACGGAUUGGCAUGUUUCUCGGUUUGUCUCGCGAGGAGUACGAAGAUGUUCCAGUUCUCCCGGUAUCUCGGAAAGGUGCACGGGGUCGGUGCUACCUGUGCGGACGCACACGGAACAAGACGACCCGCAUAUCGUGUGAUUCCUGCGGCAAAUUCACCUGCCAUGCGCACUGUGCGUACAUAUGCCACACUUGCUGUACGGUUGAACCAGACCAAGCAUAAUUAAUGAACAUUCCUGAGCAACAGUUCCAUUAGCCACCUUCAAUG